AUGGAGAUUUCACUUGAAGAUGGUCACAGCUCAUCACCGAACCUUGAGUACAAGGGAGCUCACCAAGCUUUUAGGGAUCGCUGGAAAGAGACAGAUGACACAAUGUGUCGCCACAGCUUGUCCUUUCACUUGCACCACACAAUGAGGAGCGACUUCUUUGCCAGCUACCUGUACCUUUUGGAGAAGAUUCCUCUCGUGAAAUUGUUUCCAGUCACAUGUGAGUACAUCCAAGGAGUGAAACAGUUCUACUACAGAGCUCAACAGUUCUAUGAGGAUGUGCCAGCCUCAGAAGAGGGAAUGAUGGGAGAUUUUGUGGAGAUAUCCAAUGUGGAUCUAGAAACUUCCCGCCAGUUUCUGAAGAGGUUUGUGGGCCCUGGGAAGGCUGGAACUCACUGUGCUCUGGACUGUGGCUCUGGUAUUGGCCGUGUGACCAAAGGAGUUCUACUCCCGGUGUUUGAGAAAAUGGAGAUGGCGGACAUGAUGGAGCACUUCCUCCUCCAUGCACAUGAGGAUUACCUGGGUGAUGAUGCAGACCGUAUUGAAACCUACUACUGCUAUAAGCUACAAGAAUUUACACCUCCAAAAAACAAGUAUGACGUCAUCUGGAUGCAGUGGGUGGCAUGCCACCUGACAGACAAAGACCUGAUGAACUUCCUUAUUCGCUGUAAGAAGAGUUUGAGUUUAAAUGGUGUUAUUAUAAUAAAAGACAAUAUGGCGCGACAGGGAUGCAAGUUGGACCCCAUUGACAGCAGUAUUAGUCGACACCUGGACAUCACAAAGAGCAUUAUUUACAAGGCUGGCCUGGAAAUCGUGGCUGUUGAAAGGCAGGAGGGCUUCCCAGAGGCCAUGAUGCCUGUAUGGAUGAUUGCAAUCCAAUAAAAGUUAGCAAAGAGGCAAUUAAUUUUUGAUUAGACAAAUGUAUUUUUAGUUCAUGUAGCAACCUGGAUCUCCUUUUGAAAAUAGGCACCAAUACACAGACAGGCUCUACAUUUAAAAAAAAUGUUUUCUCUCGCUCUCUUUUUUUAUUUUGUGGUCAAAUGUCUGUAGUUUUUUGGAUAGGUGGAUUAGCAACAGAAAUAACUGACAAUUCAUGGCAGGGAUGUCAUAUGAGUUCAAGUGACAUUUGAAUCUUCCGCACAGCAUUCUGCAAGCAUUUAUACCGGCUUGGUUUCCCACUUCAAAUACGUAGAUAGCAAUUAAGCAAAAGUUAAGUAGAU